AUGCCUACCACAGAGCAAGUCCGCGCUAUUUUCGCCUCGUUCGAGGAAGGAAACGCCCCAUCCUUCUUCCAGCAUGUUGUGGAUGAUGUGGAUUGGGAAGUGAAAGGGACGUUUUGCCCCAUCGCAGGGCGGUACAAGUCCAAGGCGGAGUUCCACGAAGGAACCAAGAGCCUCAGCUCCACCUGGGCGAGUCCGUUGAAGUUGCAAGUCCGCAACGUCAUCUGCGAUGGCCACCAGGCCGUGGUUGAGAUGCGCGCCAUGGAUACCAAGUGUUGGAAUGGGCUGCCCUUCACAAACGAGUAUGCCUGGGUGUGUGAGUUUAAUGAUCAGAAUCAGAUUAUUCGCAUCCGAGCCUACAUGGACACGGAUUUGGUGUGUCGGGCGAUCCGUGAGAACCAGGAGUGA